GGGAGUGAGUCGGGAAGCGACGGCAACCAAACCGGAAGCCGGCGCUGGCGAGGCGAGCGCCGAUGCUGCGGCCUUGCCGGUCGGUCGAUGAGAAAGCUGAACGUUUGCCCCCGGUUGUGGCUCAGAGGUGCGACCGCUGCGAGAGGUAAAUCAGACCGGUACACAGCUGGCAGAGUAACGUUAAACCGCAAUGGGGCAAUAUACAGGCCUGGAAAAACGGCGAUAGGGCAAUGAAUCCGCCUGGUAUAUCAAAAUUUCUUUCCCUUCUCUGCUGGAAGCUCGAGUACGGAUCAAUGGGUUCUGCAUGCUCUAUGGCAUUUUGUCAAUAUGGCCUUUCAUCUUGUGUGAGGCUAGAAUAAUGGCUGCUUUUGCAAGAUUACUAGUGAUUCUAAUCUUCCUGUUGAACAUCCCUUUGCUGGUUGGAAUAGAAUUUGACCCCUACAAGUUACUGGGAGUUGGAAGAACUGCAACCCAAGCAGAAAUAAAGAAAGCUUAUAAACAGCUGGCUCGGGAAUGGCACCCUGACAAGAAUAAGGACCCAAAGGCAGAAGAUCAAUUCAUUCAGAUUAGCAAGGCAUAUGAGAUUCUUUCAAAUGAUGAGAAAAGGUUGAAUUUUGAUAAAUAUGGAGAUAUUGAUGGACAGCCAGGAAACCACCAACAACCACAGCACCACUUUCGGAGUUUUCAUAAAUAUGACAGCUUCUUUUUCGAUGAGUCUGUUUUUAACUUUCAGUUUAAUUCUGCCCAUGACUCAUUUGAUGACAAGUACUUACUGCAUUUCUCUCAGUACAUGAAUGAAGUUGUGCCAGACAGCUAUAAGAAACCCUAUCUCAUUAAAGUGACUUCGGACUGGUGUUUCAGCUGCAUUCACAUUGAGCCAAUCUGGAAGGAAGUGGUGCAGGAACUUGAACCUCUAGGUGUUGGGAUUGGUGUCAUUGAUUCAGGGUAUGAGCGGCAGUUGCUAAAUCAGAUUGGGGUAUAUCAGCACCCAACAAUAGUGGGAGUCAUCAAUGGAAGAGUGUCAUUCUUUAAGAAUGCUGUUGUUCAAGAAAAUUUAAGGCAAUUUGUGGAAAACCUUCUGUCAAAUAAGCUUCUGGAUCUGAUAACUGACAGGAACUAUGGACAAUUUCUGUCGGCUUGGGAGCAAGAUAACAAGCCACAUGCAUUAAUAUUUCACCAGAGACCUGCAGUGCCACUGUUGUACAAGCUGACUGCGCUCCAGUUUAAAGAUUAUGUUGCAUUUGGUUAUGUGCAGACUGGUAUAGAAAAGGCUGAGGAAAUCCUAACUAAAUACAAUAUAAAUAGAUACACAUCUACCAUAAUGAUAUUUAAGGAGAACAUAGAGAAAGCAUCUGAUGUUAUUCAGGCCAAAAUAAUGAAAAGGCAAUUAAUAGAUGAAUUGGUUUCUAGCAACAAAUUCCUAUUGGCUCCUCGCCUUACAAACCAAAGACUUUUUGAGGAGUUGUGCCCAGUGAGACAAUAUCGUCGCCAGAAGAGAUACUGUGUCCUGCUAAUAAUUGGAGAGAAACAUAAGCUGAAAACCCCACACAACUCUUUUAUUUCCUUUGCCUCUGUGAAUCCUAAAGAGUCACUAAGAUUUGCAUACGUAUAUCCAGAACGUCAACAAGCCUUUAUUAAUGCCUUACUCCCACCAGCACUGAGAAGUGAUGCCACAUCAAAUAUUGUGAUUCUACAGCAAAGCACUAUUCCAGGAAAAGUGUUCUAUAAAUUGCUUGAAAAUGGAUGGAAUGGAAGCGAAGGAGAUAAAAUCCAACUUUUUACUGAGGUGAAUCAGCUAUUAGAAGUGGGGCACCACACAUUCUUCUCCCAUGAAGCCAUUUUGCCUGAACUAAAUGACGAAUUUGCACCUAUUUUCUUCCUGCGCUGGCUGUAUGCCAUGAGAGAUUAUGCAUUGCAAAUCUGGGAAUCUGGGUUCACUCAGAACUGGAGAGAGAUGAUGCCCUUGAUUUCUCUGCUUUUUUCUGUGGUUUUCAUUCUGCUUGGAGCAUUCAUCAUUCAAGCUUUUGGUGAUCCAAUAGACCUCGAGAGGGGGUCUGAAUCUCAGAAAAAAGAGGAACCGGCAACGGCAAAGGUUCAGGAUAUUACAAAAAACCAGCAACCCAACACCUCCAAGAAUUUAAGGUCAUCGGAGCAGGACUUUGUGGAAGUGACUGAAUUGACCUACGUUAACUAUAUGAGCAAUCUUGUGCGCCUCAUGCCGGGAAACAUAAAUGUGCUGGUAGCUGUUACAGAUGCUACAAAGAAUGUUUUGAUACAAAGGUUUGCACACGAAGUCUAUCCUGUCACCUGGAAUAAGUCGUUACACUUCUCCUUUCUAAACUUAUCAAAACAUCGCAAGUGGCUGGAAGAACUGUUAGAGUAUGCCGAGGAUCCUGCCCGAAUUUCCAAUAAACAAAAUGAAAAACACCAUAACCAGAACUAUGCUGGCUACGUAUUAGCACUAAAUGGCCAUCGGAAAUACUUUUGCCUGUUUAAACCCAAACUCCAUAAUGAAGUUGAGAACCAUGGUACACUGAAUAGCUCAGAAACAACAAAAGACGGGAUUGGAUCGGACACGACAGCUAAUACAAUGGAAACAGACAACCCACACCAACAUACAUUAAGUUCCAAUCCAUCUGUUAAACAGACCAAGCAACUGCUCAACAGACUUAACCUAUGGAUGGACAGGCUGCUUGAAGGGAUUCCACAACGAUAUUAUGUACCAUUUUGGCCUGAGCUUCACUGAUACUCUGUAGUCUUGGUAGCAUUUUGUGCCGAAUUGCAUCUGAGCCACGUUUCCAUCAUGCAGAAGUACACGACUCUAUCUCAUUUUUUAAAUAAUAUUUUGUCCUCUUUGCAUUACACAGCUGAAACAAAAACAAGUCAUGUAAAUUGAGAUGGAACAACCAGGCAAAUGAACAGUUAAAAGUUCUGUUCACACAAUUCUUUUGUCUGACCAGGAAAAGAAUAAACUCUUUUUAAUUUGCACUGCAACCAUUGGGAGUUGGUGAGUGAGUGAAUUUUUAAAGCAGGUGGGUAAUACAAUGAAGAUAUGAGUCAUUGAUAGCAGAGUUUGCUUAAGUACUUGAAUUCUUGUACCUCAAGUUUUGUUUAAUUUUUUUUCCCUACCUCCCCGUCUUCCUUGUGCAUGGCACAUUAACCAGCAAUCGUUGGGAAAUGAAAAUAGACAGGGCAGCUACCUCCAGCUUCCCACCUCCUCCCCCUCCCUUCACUACAGGAGAAACAAAUACACUGCUGAGAAAAAGAAAGAAGCUUUAUUUCAGCCCUGUCCUCUAUUUUGGAAUUGAGUUAGCAGACUUUUCUGAAGUUGCCAGUUAGUCUUUAUGAAACUUUACUUUGCCUGGUGCACUUUUCAGCUGUUCUCUUUCCCCACUACCCAACCCUAUUCUUUUCCACCCCCACCUCCCCAUGCUGAAAUAUUGUAACUGAAAGUUAGUCUGAGUCAAAAUGACUUAGCUUAAGUCGAUAAUGUCCUCAAAAGCCCUAAGAUGCAUUUACCAAGAACUGUCGAUGGUAAUUAGGAGUAGAAACUUGGCAUAUUUCAAUUUCCCUUCCCCAUCUUGCGUUCCUUAGUGCAAACUUGUUUAACCCCUUCCACUCCACCCCUGCUGCAUUUCACUGUUGAUCAUUUAAUGCUUGAACCAAACACAGAUUGAUCUUACUGAACAACCCCUAAUCUUCUGACCUGGCAAACAAUGCCUCUAACCAAUAGAAUGAGAAGUGUUUUGGAAUUAGAAUUUAAUUGUAGUUUUAAUCACAAUUGCAGGAAGUGGAUUAAAGUUGUGUAAGUCUAUUGGUGAAUCAGAGUUUGGACAUAUGGUCCGCUUUAGAUUAGAUCAAAUAUUAACAGAGCUGAGCUAUAACUGUUCACUAAUGGACUGAAAUAAUUUAUUCUGCACGGUUGCCUGUAGCAGUAUCUAAUUCAAGUAAUGUAAACUGUAUUUAAAAUAUUUAUUAAAUUUUAGAAGUUUAGGAUUAUUUAUAACUGACUUGCUGUCCAUUUGUGUCACAGCAAGAGAAUGGAGUCUGAAAUAAAGGCAGAGAAUAUUGGAUAUUUAUGCCCUGUUGAUCAGCAUUGGAGAAGACAUGGAGUGUGAAAGAUAAUGGCCUAAAAAUUGUGUAACAAUCCUUUUUUCAGAAGGUAGCUGUUGGCGCGUGGCCUAGUGGAUAAGGCAUCACGUCUCGUGAUCUGAAGGUCACUGGUUCGAGCCUCAGCUGAGGCAGUAAGUUGUGUCCUUGAGCAAGGCACUUAACAACACAUUGCUUUGCAACGACACCAGUGCCAAGCUGCUUGGGUCCUAGUGCCCUUCCCUUGAACAACGUUGGUGGCGUGGAGAGGGGAAGGCUUGCAGCAUGGGCAACUGCCGGUCUCCCAUACAACCCUGCCUAGGCAUGCACCCUGGAUCUCACGAGACUAACAGAUGCCUAUAUAAGCUGGAUGACCAACAGUCGUGCACAGCAGGCAGGGUAGCUUUCUGGCUGAAGUUGAUGUAUAUUUCCCUUUGUAUCCCUUCGGGAUCCUUUCCAGCACUGUUCCCCUGCUAGGAGAAUGGGUCAAGUGGAUUGCUUGAUGUGCCCAUUAGUGAAGGUGGGUAACUUCCACUGAGCCCCUAAUUCUUGAAUCCCCGGCUUCCAUUGCUUCAGUGUGGGGGGGGGAAUGCUCCUUCUGGCCAACCUUUCUUACAAAUUUUGAUGGAAUAUCGUUAAAUUAUUUUAGAUCUGCUCAGGAAUUCAGUUGCAUUUAAAGUAUCUAAUUUAUUUUUUUACUCAUCAUCAUUAGCUAAGGCUUGAGUUGAUAUCCUCUUAUGCAAUUUCUCUUUAAAUUAAAAACAUUGCCAAAAAUAUUAUUUCAUAGUGUUCAAAUUUCUGAUAUGUCACUCCUGGCAUGACACCCAUAAUUUAAUAUUUAAUUAUGACACAUUUAAUACUGUUCAAAUUUCUGAUAUGUCACUCCUGGCAUGAAACCCAUGACUCUUAGAUCAUAUCUACAGUGGCUUUUUGUCUCACUUUUAUUUCCCUCUUUGCAAGAGACUCAGCUAAUCUUUCAUACAUUGUGACCGCCACUUGCACAAAACAAAAUUAAUCCUGUCCUGCCCCAAUUUUUUUUUAAUAGUGAUCUCUCAAUACUUAUUAGACAUGAGAGUCCUUAAUAUUAACUUUCUGAUUCCUUAUUCAGUCCUGAUGAAGGGUCUUGACCUGAAACGUGGAUUGUUUAUUCAUUUCCAUAGAUGCUGCCUGACUUGCUGAGUUCCUCCUGCAUUUUGUGUGUGCUACUGUGGAUUUUAUGCAUCUGCAAAAUAUCUUGUGUUUUACUUUCUCCUGGCUAUCACUGGGUAAAACUUGCAAUAAUCUGUUCUGUGUGCUUUAACACUUCACGGGCUAGUGUCUUUACCCAUUCAGUUAUAACAGAAUAAAUUUACAAAAGAAUCUCAUUUUUUAAAAUUUUGCAACAUUUAAAUUGAUAUCCAAAGUUCAUUGUUUGCAGCACUGAAUGUCUCUGACAUGAUAUGCCACUUUAAAUAUGCAAAAUGUAGGCAUCCAUUUUAAGUAGAAUAACAUUUGUAUUUAUUUGCAAGUAAUUAGCUGUACUCAAAAAAAAUUGCACAAUUAAAACCUCAGCAGGUGCCCUUGAUAAAAUUGUAUACUUGUACAGUCUACUAUGGUCUGGUGUGUUUUGGUAAAUUAAAAGUUGUACAGUUGUGCCAUGUUUUGGGUGAGAUGUGUUUAUAGAGACCUACGUACAUGUUAGAAAACUGAAUUGUCAUUGUCAUUACUUGCAUGAUUCCUCUAAAUCCAUGCAUGAAAGUAAUAAUUUAAUGUAUUUAGGGUUUAGGGUUACAGCUCAGUAACAGGCCCUUCCAACUCAACAAGCCCACAUCACCCAAUUGCACGUGUGUCUUGGGAAUGUGUCUAACCCAUAUGUCUUGGGAACGUGAGAGGAAACUGGAGCGUCCAGAGGAAACUCACAACAGUCAUGGGGGAGAACGUAUAAAUCCCUUCCAGGACACUGUCAGGAAUUGAACCCGGGUCGCUGGCACUGUAAUAACGUCAUGCUAACCACUAUGCUACCGUGCUGCCCCUUCUGUAUGAGUACCUCAGAGGCCCGUAUAUUCUAGCUAGCAAUAGAUACAUCCAAACCAUCUAAGUCAAUCUAGAAGUUAGGAUCACGCUGCACAGGAUGCUGAAAGCAAAGAACAACCUGUCCUUUCAUUCUGAUCUAAUAAACAGCCAUUACAUCUUUUUAUUCCAUUACCUCAUCUGCUUUGAUCCGCACCCCCUAUUCUCUGAGGAUCAGUCUGCAGAUCAUGUUUCCCAAAGCACCAUGGUUUAUUAUUGAAGGAAGCUCUUGUACAGCGGUACUGAAUGGAGCCCUUAAAAUGCUCAGUCCAAGCCAAACUGAUGAAGGGUCUCAGUACAAAAUAUCAACUAUCUAUUCCUCUCCCCGUCCUGCUCAGUUCCUUAGCAUUUUGUGUGUUACCCAGCGAAAUCUCCUGUGUGUUAAGCAAUGGAAGACCUUGAGUUUAGUUUGCUAUUAGGAGGUUAGUGGCAAGGUUCUGUUCCUGUGAACACGUUCAUAAUCUAAACAGUUUGAAGUCAGAAUUGCAGCCACAAAUGAGUUCUCGCGUGGCAGAAGAUGCCUGCAGCAGCUGACAAAUUUAACCUGCCAGUUUCCCAAAUGCUCAUGCAUAUGUACAGCUGUUCUUGUAUCAUAACCUGGGGAGGACUUGCAUAUAUCAUAUAGAUAUUAAGAGUUAUUCAUAACCAGAAAUACUUUUAAGUUUGCCCAUCUGAGAUAAGAAAUUA